GCGCGGAGACUCGUGGGGGAGGGAGACGCCAGCAGCAUGGCGGCUGGGUACGACCCUCUCAACCCUCCUUUUCCCCGCUGUCGCCGCCGCCGCCGGGGUCGCUGGGACCCUUUGGCCUGCGUCUGUUAGUUGUAAGCCCACUUCCCGCCCGUCAGUCCUCCUCCACCGGCCCUGCUUCCUUUCGCCGCCACUGCCGGCCGUAGGGUCGGGCGGGCCGGAUAACUUACCUCCCACCCCACCUACUAGCCCGAGAGCCGGGACCAUGGAGGACGUGAAGCUGGAGUUCCCUUCCCUCCCACAGGGCAAAGAAGACGCUGAGGAGUGGACCUACCCUAUGAGACGAGAGAUGCAGGAAAUUUUACCUGGAUUGUUCUUAGGCCCAUAUUCUUCUGCUAUGAAAAGCAAGCUACCUAUACUACAGAAACAUGGAAUAACUCAUAUAAUAUGCAUACGACAAAAUAUUGAAGCAAACUUUAUUAAGCCGAACUUUCAACAAUUAUUUAGAUAUUUAGUCUUGGAUAUUGCAGAUAAUCCAGUUGAAAAUAUAAUACGUUUUUUCCCUAUGACUAAAGAAUUUAUUGAUGGGAGCUUACAAACUGGAGGAAAAGUUCUUGUCCAUGGAAAUGCAGGCAUCUCCAGAAGUGCUGCCUUUGUUAUUGCAUAUAUUAUGGAAACAUUUGGAAUGAAGUACAGAGAUGCGUUUGCUUAUGUUCAAGAAAGAAGAUUUUGUAUUAAUCCCAAUGCUGGAUUUGUCCAUCAACUUCAGGAAUAUGAAGCCAUCUACCUAGCAAAAUUAACAAUACAGAUGAUGUCACCACUCCAGAUAGAAAGGUCAUUAUCUGUUCAUUCUGGUACCACAGGCAGUUUGAAGAGAACACAUGAAGAAGAAGAUGAUUUGGGAAACAUGCAAGUGGCGACUGCACAGAAUGGCUGACUGAAGAGCAACAUUAUAGAGGGUGUGAAUUUCUAUUUGAGGAGAAAGUAGUCAAGACAACAAUAAUGUAAAAUGGUAAAAACACAAGUAGUUUCUUUUCAAUUAUAUGUUGCUUCCAGACAUGUUUCUCUACAACUUGUUGAGCAACAUUUUAAGAAGAUGUUGGACUUUUGCAAUAGAUGAAUAGAUGGCACUGAUGGUUUUAUUUCUUCUUUUUUUUUUAAACACUUUACAGUUUUAUUAUAAACCAAGAAUUUUGGACUUACAAAGAGGUAUUAUUGCAAUAAUGCACUUUUCAUACUUGAAAUUUAUUUGUAUGAUAUAAAGUUAUUACUUUAAGCAAAAUGCAAGUUAGGGGGGAUUUGUUUAUAAAGUUUGGGUAAUUUAUAACAAAAGAAUUUCAUAAAGUUUGCUGAAAAUUCAUUUUGUGUUAUAUAUUACAUUUUAAGAAUAAUUUUACAGUUCAGUUUUAUGAUCGAGCCUCUUACAGAAAUAUUAACAAAAUGUAGGAAUCUACCACGUUUCUUUUUUAGUAUAAUCCAAUAGCUUAAUUAUCAUUUUUUAACUUCUUGGUCUUAAUAAUCUUACAAUCAUAACAUUAGCUAACUAUCCUUACUUUAACAUCCAAUUACUGCUUCCUUUCCUAUUACCUUCCUAGUUUGUUUAAUGAUCAAAGGAAGAUGUUUUGCUUUAUAGUACCAUAGGCUUAAGAGCAAGGAUAGUGUUAGACUUCCAAGUGACUUUCCUGUUCGUAUUUUUUAGGGCAAAAGCCAAAUGUUGUAUUUGUUCUUUUCAGAGUUGCCUAGCUCUUUUUUUCCUUUGUCCAAAAUGGUUCUAAAUAGAAUAUAAGCCAAUGUAGCACUAUUUUCCUUCUAAAUGAAGCCCAAAAAAAGAAAAGUGCCUUGCAUCAUUUAAAAAAAAUUUUUUUUUAAGUCCUCAUGACCUCUAAAUUAACAUGUAGAACAGUGAAAAGUUCUUAGCAUUUUUCUGCAAUUUCUUUUUAAACCAUAGUUUAGUUUAAACUGAACAUAUGAGGCUUGAAGAAACCUUAGUAAAUUAUUUGGAAUAGGAACAUAUACUCCUUCAUUUUAUGUUGUCUUAAUGAUUCUGAGAGAUUGUGCCAGCUCAGACAGAAGCUUUUCUUUGAAGAUACAUUUAUUGGGGAAAGUGAUUUUGGGGAGACUUUAGUGUAUUUUAAAUUAGUAUUUAAUCAGUUCUUUACAUUGAGUUAAUCCAAAUUUCUUCCAUAAUUUGAUUUAGCAGAGUCACUUUAUGGAUCCUUGGUUCUCCAUGUGUUUAUUUAUAUAUAUAAAAAUUGUUCUAUGAAAAAUGUUUGCUAUUUUAAAUAUGAUGUAAGGGAAUAGAGGAGUGUUUUAAACUUUUUCUAGUUAAUAACUUUAUGGUAGCACAAACAAAACUUCUUUGUAUUUCACUGUUCUCAGUCCUCUCUUGAGGUGCUUUCUGAUGGGAAUGAUUUCCAUACAUUCCCUUGGUACCAAGAGGUACUAUGCAAGGUAACCUAUUACACCAAGUUACUUGCUUUGUUUUCCUCCCUAUGAUGUAAUAAUACAGUAAAAGCUUUUUUAUCCAGCAUAGCGGGGAAGUGGAAAUUAAUUAAAAUUGUUUGUUAAUUAACAGUUAAUCCCUGUUAACCCAGGUAGUAUUCCUCUUCUGAUUUCCCUUCCCUUCUCCUGUCUCACCACUCUGAAAACAGCAUAUUGCCAAUCCCAUUGUGGUCCAGUAUUCUGUUGUGUAAUUAGGUCAUUUGGUGUAGUGGUCUAGUGGAGUCAAGAUUUGCCUUAGGUGUUCAAAAAUUCCAGUUGGUAAUGUACACAGCUUUCCUGUAUACAGAUCACUAUUGGAAGUGAAGAUCUCCUUUACAAUUAAAUAAUGAUCUAUGAUUCUUCACUCAGCAGAAAUUCUGCUUAAAAGAAUCUUAAUAGUAAAUUAUGAUUUUUGAAAUGAGGCAGUUAAUAUUUUAAUAAAUUAGUUUUGUAAACCAUCAUAUUCUCUCUAGUAGUGUGGCCAAAAAUACAGAUUUGGUUACUGAUACUAAUUUAUAACUGGUAAUUUUCCAUUUUCUAACCU